AUGACAGAGAAGUAUCCAACAGCUGUGGAUGAGUUGACGAAAUUCCGACAACUAAGUCUCGUAAGUCCUAUAUUGCCUCCUACUGAAUCAUCUAAACUUCCAUCAAAAAUGACUGCAUGGUGUUAUUGCAUAGAUAAUCGAACAACAUUUAGAAAAAUAGAUCCUACCAAAUGCCUUUACAACGGGAUGCCAUCUACUUUCCAGCUUCCUACACCUCCUUUACUUAACCUCAUUGCUAUUGACCUCUAUGCUGUUCGACGUGCUGUUUUAUCAUCCAUUAUUGAAUAA